UUCGCCCUCUGUCAAGAAGUUAAGGCGUCGACUUCCCGAGUUGGAAUCUCUGAGCCACAAGCGCAGACACGUCAGUGGGGCUCGGGUGUUCGUGUUUCAGCAUCGCGCCGUGCUCCCUGUGGAAGCAAGCGUCUCACUGAGAGGAAGUCAAACAGUAUCCGGAGUCGCUUCUUGUCUUCGUUUUUUUUCCAACUCAUGCAGUGUUCUUUGUAACUUUUGUCGCGCUCCUGCUCCACGAUGAUAGGCGACCAGGGCGCUCCACACGUUGGGCUGGUAAAAGGCCAGCCUCUGUGGUAUUUGAUGUUGCCUUUAGAUAGGUUCAACUGAAGAUGGAAACACUGGAGUCUGAGCUGACCUGCCCAAUCUGCCUGGAAUUGUUUGAAGAUCCUCUGCUCUUACCGUGCGCCCACAGCCUGUGCUUCAACUGCGCCCACCGCAUCCUGGUGUCUCACUGCUCGUCCAGCAAGCCGCUUGAGUCUGUUACGGCCUUUCAGUGCCCCACCUGUCGUUACGUCAUCACGCUGAAUCACCGCGGGCUGGAGGGCCUUAAGCGCAAUGUGACGCUGCAGAACAUUAUAGAGCGCUUUCAAAAGGCCUCCCUGAGCAGCCCCAAUUCGCCUACUGAGAGCCGGCGCCUGCAGCGGCCCUACACCGCCACCAUUAGUGGCACAAUAGCCGGAACAAUUGGCGGCGGUGGUGGCGGUGGCACGAGUGGAAGCAGCGCCCGGAGCAGCCCGGCCACUUCCACCCACCACCACCCCCACCCGCACGCCAAUCACACCAAUCACAUUAACCACACCAACGCCAACCACAGCCCGGCUUUUGUGGCUAAAAUGGAUCUGCGCGUCUGCUGCCAAUUCUGCGAGCAGGAUCCGCCUCGCGAGGCCGUCAAGACGUGCGUCACGUGCGAGGUGUCGUACUGUGACCGCUGUCUGCGAGCGACGCACCCCAACAAGAAGCCCUUCACGAGUCAUCGCCUGGUGGAGCCUGUGCCGGACACGCACCUCCGCGGCCUAACCUGCAUGGAGCACGAGAGCGAGAAGGUCAACAUGUACUGCCUGGUGGAUGACCAGCUCAUUUGUGCCCUCUGCAAACUGGUCGGGCGGCACCGGGAGCACCAGGUGUCUUCCCUCACCGAACGUUUUGACAAGCUCAAAGCUUAUCAGAUGAGCCCGGGCAGAGUGUCAGAUGCGGUAAUGGAGGCUUCAAAGACAAGCGCUGCGCAAACCUUGGAAAACAACUUGACCAACUUAGUGAAGAGGAACAGUGAACUGGAGAACCAAAUGGCCAAACUCAUCCAAAUCUGUCAACAGGUUGAGGUGAACACUGCCAUGCACGAAGCCAAGUUGGUGGAGGAGUGUGACGAGCUGGUGGAGAUCAUCCGCCAGAGGAAGCAGGUCAUUGCUGUGAAAAUCAAAGAGUCCAAGGUGAUGAAGCUGCGUAAAUUGGCCCAGCAGAUUGCCAACUGCCGACAGUGUCUGGAGCGCUCCAGUGCCCUCAUCACACAGGCAGAACAGAGCCUGAAGGAAAACGACCACGCCCGCUUCCUUCAGACCGCCCGAAAUGUGUCUGAAAGAGUUGCCAUGGCGACAGCCUCCUCCCAGGUACUCAUUCCUGAUGUCAAUCUGAAUGAAGCUUUCGACAACUUUGCCCUGGACUUUUCGAGAGAGAAGAAGAUUCUGGAAGCCCUUGAUUACCUAACAGCACCCAGCCCGCCAUCCAUCCGAGACGAGUUGUGCACAGCGUCUCACGACACCAUCACUGUUCACUGGACAUCUGAGGACGAGUUCAGCGUCACCUCGUAUGAGCUGCAGUACACCAUAUACACUGGCCAAACUAAUUUCAUCAGUUUGUACAACUCUGCCGACAGCUGGAUGAUUGUGCCCAACAUCAAGCAGAACCACUACACGGUGCACGGCCUGCAGAGUGGCACGCGCUAUGUCUUCUUCGUCAAGGCUAUCAACCAGGCAGGAAGCCGCAACAGUGAGCCGACCCGCCUCAAAACCAACAGUCAGCCUUUCAAAUUGGAUCCCAAAACGGCGCACAAGAAGCUGCGUCUUUCCAACGACUGUCUCACCAUGGAGAAGGACGAGAGCUCUCUGAAGAAGAGUCACACUCCCGAACGCUUUGGUGGAACGGGCUCAUACGGCGCCGCCGGUAAUGUGUUCAUUGACAGCGGGUGUCACUACUGGGAGGUUCUGCUGGGAGCAUCCACAUGGUAUGCCAUCGGCGUGUCUUAUAAAUCAGCCCCUAAAAAUGAAUGGAGUGGCAAAAACUCGUCGUCGUGGGUGUUCUCACGCUGCAACAACAACUUUAUGGUGCGCCACGACGGCAAGGAUAUGCUGGUAGAGGCCAGCCUGCAGCUGAGGCGUCUGGGUGUCCUGCUGGACUAUGACAACAAUUCGCUCUCCUUCUACGACGCCAUGAACUCCCAGCACAUUCAUACCUUUGAAAUCUCCUUCCUCCUGCCCGUCGUACCCACCUUCAUGAUUUGGAACAAGUCGGUCAUGAUCCUCUCAGGGCUUCCCGUGCCAGAUUUUGUGGAGGGAAUGUCUCUGGAUCAGCAGGAGCAGCAGCAGCAGCAGCAGCAGCAGAUGGGCCUGUGCCGACAAGAGUCCCCUUAUUUGACCGGGAUGAAAUCCUGCCACUGAAUGCACGCAACACUAAGGACAGUCCUAUCCUUCCCAGUGGUGGACUGAUCCAUGUGGUCAGCGUGACUGCUGCAUCUAGAGUGGACCUAAUUACCGUACUUUCUACUGUAUGUAGAAAAAUGUCAAAAUGUACACACCGCUCGAGAAAAUUAUUCAGUCCUUAGGAC